AAAAUGGCCGACGCUCAAGUUACUCUGCGCACCCGCAAGUUCAUCCGCAACCCCCUGCUUGCCCGCAAGCAGAUGGUCGUUGAUGUCCUCCACCCCAACCGUCCCAACGUCUCCAAGGAUGAGCUCCGCCAGAAGCUCUCCGAGCUCUACAAGGCCGACAAGGACCAGGUCUCCGUUUUCGGUUUCCGCACCCAGUACGGUGGUGGCAAGUCCACUGGCUUCGCUCUCAUCUACGACUCCAACGAGGCCAUGAAGAAGUUCGAGCCCCACUACCGUCUUGUCCGUGUUGGCAUGGCCACCAAGAUCGAGAAGGCCUCGAGACAGCAGCGUACGUUU